AUGAAGCCGAUUAUUCUUCAGGGUCACGAGCGUUCGCUCACUCAGAUCGUCUUCAACGCCGAGGGCGACCUCCUCUUCUCCGCGUCCAAGGACAAGGUCGUCAACGCCUGGUUCACCUCGAACGGAGAGCGCCUCGGUACAUUCAACGGCCACAAUGGUUCGGUGUGGUCGCUUGCGGUUGACUCGCAAACGAAAUACCUCCUGACUGGUGCCGCCGACAACACGAUGAGGCUAUGGGAUGUGCAGACGGGCAAGUGCCUGUGCGUUUGGGAGUUCUUGACGGCUGUGACGCGUGUGGCUUGGAGCGAGGACGACGAGCAGGCUCUCUGCAUCACCGAGCAGAGGCAAGGACAGCCGAGUGUUAUCAGGACGUUCAAGGUCAACCGCGAGGACCCCGCCGCGUCAUCAAAGACUCCUACCAAGGAGAUCAUCCUCUCUGGCUCGAAGGCCACCGUCGCCCUCUGGGCCCCGCUCUCCGAGUCGAUCAUCACGGGACACGAGAACGGAAAGGUCGCCAAGUACGACGCUAAGACGGGCGAGGAGGUUAUCGCCAACACCGACUCGCACAACGCCGUCAUCACCGACAUCCAGCUCUCGCCGGACGGAACGUACUUCAUCACCUCGUGCAAGGACAAGACCGCCCGUAUCUUCGACACCGAGACCCUCGAGGAGAUGAAAGUCUACCCCACCGAGACUCCCCUCAACUCGGCCUGCAUUGCCCCUCUCAGGCCCUACGUUAUUCUCGGAGGUGGCCAGGACGCCAUGAACGUCACCACCACCUCGAGCCGCGCCGGAAAGUUCGAGUCGCGAUUCUGGCACAAGCUCUUCGAGGAGGAGAUCGGCCGUGUCAAGGGACACUUCGGCCCCAUCAACACCCUCGCCGUCCACCCUCAGGGCCGUGCUUACGCCUCUGGCGCUGAGGACGGUUUCGUCCGUGUCCACUGGUUCGACGAGUCUUACUUCCGCAGCAGGCCAUUCGGUGACCUCGAGCCUGAGGUUGAGGUUUAG